AUGUCAUCCACACUGGGCCUUGUCAUCCUCAUAUCUGCUGCAACGUGUCAGCUACCUACAGAUGCUGAACGAGACCACAUUCUCGAGGCUCAUCGCGAAGUGCGAGAACACGUGUUUCCUCCUGCCAGGAAUAUGCUAUUAAUGGAGUAUUCAAAGGAAAUGGAAAUGCUGGCAGCAUAUUGGGCCGCUCAUUGCAUUUAUGAGCAUCCAGACAGAAGCCGUUAUCCACAGUACCGUGAAGUUGGACAAAACCUUGCGCUUACUGCUGGUUUCAAGCCAUCUCUCACAGAAAGCGUGUGUGUUUAUAAGACCGAAUCUCGCUUUUACAAAUUUGCUAAUAAUUCGUGCAGUCAUGUUUGUGGUCACUACACUCAGCUGGUGUGGGCCACCUCCAUUCAAGUGGGCUGUGCCAUGCGGCAGUGUGAUGACCUCAGACCUCACUGGCCCAAUCCACAAUAUCUAACAGUCUGUCAGUACAAGCCUCCAGGAAAUUACGUUGGACGAAAGCCGUAUAUCCGUGGACGCAGCUGCAGCAAAUGCCCUAGGGGCUAUUUGUGCUACCGCAAUCAGUGUGCAAGUGUGUCUCAAAUGAGGAAAAUAUACUCGAAAGGCAGUGCCGACAAAUCUGUGCCAGAAUGCAAGCCAGAGAGCUUCUAUUCGGCUAUUCAAUACAUCGAAGGAUUGCCAAGUGCCCCACCUCUGCUGCACAUGCUUUAUGCAAUGGCUAAGACAAAUCUAGCCUGUAACAUUCUCGCUUUUGUUGUCCAACUGUAUUCCCAUCAAGUGGAGGAGAUGAUCGUAAAAGUGUACUUAAUCCUCCUAUUCAUGAUAUACUUUGAUGAGGAGUCACAGUCGAUCGGCCAUUCUGCUGAAAAAAAGAUGCUGUUUGAGCAUUCUGUCUACACGGCCAAGAGAAUGGAGGAUCGCAACCUUCCCAACCACCCCAACAUGUGA